AUGAAACUGGUCGUUGUUGACUACGAGUCGGGCAACCUGCGCAGCGUCUCCCGCGCGCUGGAGACCUGCGGCGUUGCGCCCCUGGUUACCUGCGAUCCAGACGAGUUGGCGGAGGCCGACGCGGUAGUGCUGCCUGGGGUUGGCGCAGGGCCGUCCGCGAUGAAUGCCCUGAACGAACGUGGUUUGGUGCAGCCAUUGCGGGACUUCACCGCCAGCGGCCGCCCGUUUCUCGGCAUCUGCCUGGGCCUGCAGCUAUUGCUCGAUUGGACAGCCGAGGAACCCGGGGCGUCCUGCUUGGGCAUCGUACCAGGACAGGUGAUUCGCCUGCCCGACGAGCAGAACGACAAGUCGCUGAAGAUCCCCCACAUGGGUUGGAACAGCGUGGCUUUGAGUCAAGAGCACCCGGCCUUCUGCGGCAUCGAAUCUGGCAGCUACUUCUACUUCGUACACAGUUUCUAUGCAGACCCCCAGGAUAGGGAAGGCGUCGUCGGUACCACUGAAUAUGGCCUGCCAUUCUGUAGCGCCUACGCCAAGGACAACGUUGUGGCCACGCAGUUCCACCCGGAGAAGAGCGGUCCCGUGGGUCUGCGCAUCUACCGGAACUUCGUAGCAAUGGCGGCCGGCGGCUACUGA